AUGGAUGAAAUAGGGAGGAAGAAGCAUGUUAGGGAACCACCUUCAGUUCCUUUUCUUUGGGAAGUGAAGCCAGGCAUUCCUAAGAAAGAUUGGAAGCCAGAGGUCUCUUCUUUUGUCCAUUUGCCUAAAACACCACUCAAACUAAUUGCCUCAGUUCCCUUUGUUUGGGAAGAAAAGCCUGGAACACCUCUUCCUAACUUCUCACAUGUUUUGGUGGAUUCUGUGUCUCCAAAACCAGAGGCAAUGCUUAUUCAUGUAGCAUCAGCUUCAGGAUAUUCUGUUGCCUGCAACUAUGGUUAUGAUGGCAGAUACAAAGAAAGAAGCUGUGAUAUUGAAAGUAUAACUAGCUUGGAGCUUGAAGCAUUUAACUUUGAUACAGAUGAAUCAUUCAGCUCAGUUCCAUCUUUGCUUGGAAAUUGUCUUGUUUCAUCAGCAAAAAAUUCUACUGCCAUUCCACCGCAGAAAAAUUCGUUGUCUAAACAUAACUGUGACCAGCUGGAAAACCCAUCCUCCCCAGCAUCUUCAGAGACAGAAAGUAGCAUAAGCAGCUAUGCAACAGGCAUGUCAAGCCCAACUGGUGCUACUUUCCUGGAAUGCCUCUUUCCUUUGUAUCCUCCUACUAAGUCUGGCUUCCUUGAAAGGGAUGAACACUCAGAAAAGGUAUCUUCAAAUCCAUUAGAACUAAAAGCCAAAGAUUUGGAUCUUGAAGAUUAUACCAGUGACAUGGCAAGGAGGCCACCAACACUUGGAGAGCUAAUUAUGAUGAGCAGAAGAAGAAGCUACAGAAGGAAAGCAGUUCAAAUGAAAAAAUGGGAUCCACCAAAGGAUGAUAUAGAAGGAAAGAUCAAGGAGUCAAGAACCAAAACUGCUCGUGACCAAAAAUUCCCAUCUGCCUACUGA